AUAUUUGGAAUUACUAAUAUGUCAUUAAAUCAUUACAUGCUGAUUAGCUUCAUAAACAGGAAGCUAUGUAAUUUCAUAACCACAAUGCUACAUACUCAGACUUUCAUUCCUGAAGAAUACUUUUUAAAAAUGUUAAAAUAAAUAGAAAACUAUGGUUAACAAAAUAAAAGCUGUCUUCACAAAUUGCCACCUGAAGUAAGAUGUUUCGUUUAGAAGCUAAAAAGCCAUCACUGUGUAAAAGUGAACCACUGACAAGUGAAAGAGUCAGGGCCACACUCUCUGUCUUGAAAGGAGUCCUAACGUCAUGCUAUGGCCCUUCUGGCCGCCUGAAGCAGCUGCACAAUGGCCUGGGGGGCUCUGUGUGCACCACCUCGCAGUCGUCAGCCCUGCUUGCUAACCUCUCCGUCACCCAUCCCAUUUUGAAGAUCCUGAUGACUUCUGUGCAGAAUCAUGUGUCAUGCUUCAGUGACUGUGGCUUAUUCACAGCCAUUCUUUGCUGCAAUCUGAUUGAAAGUGCUCAGAGAAUAGGCUUGACACCCACCACUGUCAUUAAAUUAAAUAAACAUCUUUUGAGCCUCUGCACCAGUUACCUCAAGUCUGAGGUAUGUGGUUGUCGAAUCACAGUCAACUUUAGCAGCACUCAGAUUCUCCUUUGUUUGGUACGCAGUAUAUUAACAAGUAAACCUGCCUGUAUGCUCACCAGAAAGGAAAUAGACCACAUCAGUACUCUGAUUCUGAGAGCAUUUUUGCUUACAAUUCCAGAAAACGCCGAAGGCCACAUCAUUUUAGGAAAGAGUAUAAUUGUGCCUUUAAAAGGUCUAAGAGUUACAGAUUCUACUGUGUUGCCUGGAAUACUUAUUGAAAUGUCAGAAGUUCAAUUGAUGAAGAUACCGCCUAUCAAAAAAUCAGAUUCCUUCAAGGUGGCACUCUUUCGUGUGUCUUUAUCUGGGGACCUUUCAGAUACUGGAGAAGGAACUGUAAUGGUCAAUUAUGAUGUUUCUCCUGAAAAUGCAGUUCUGGACCAGUUGCUUAACCUAGGAAUGCAGUUAGUUGGUGAUCACAUAGAUCUUGUCAUGUGCCAAAAAGUAAUACACCCAUCUUUGAAACAGUUUCUCAGUAUGCAUCAUAUUAUUGCCAUAGACAGAGUUGGAGUGGCUCUGAUGGAGCCUCUGAGUAAAAUGACAGGAACACAGCCUAUUGGUUCCCUCAGCUCAAUCUCUCCUAGUAGUUACGGAAGUGUGAAAGAUUUGUGCACUGCAACAUUUGGCAUCAAAUGGUUUUUUCACCUUAUUCCCCAUGAAGAGACUGUCUGCAGCUUACUUCUCGGGAACAGAAAUGACACUCUCUGGGAUGAGCUGAAGCUCACAUGUCAGACAGCACUGCAUGUUUUACAGUUAACAAUCAAGGAACCAUUUGUUUUGUUGGGAGGUGGCUGUACUGAAACUCACUUGGCAGCAUAUAUCAGACACAAGGCUUUUAAUAAGCCAGAAAGCAUUCUCGAAGAUGGUUGGUGUACUCAAACAGAACUUCAACUAAUUACUGAAGCAUUUUGCAGCGCACUAGAAUCUCUCACUGGCUCUUUAGAACAUGACGGAGGUGAAAUUCUCACUGACAUGAAGUAUGGACACUUUUGGUCAGUUCAGGCAGAUACUCCCUCUGUUGUUCACUGGCCAGAUGUCCUUUCGAGAUGUGGUUGUGGACUAUACAAUAGCCAGGAAGAACUCAACUGGUGUUUCUUAAGGAGUGUUCAGCAUCCUUUUGCACCACAACCCUGCCUUCCUCAUGAAGAUGUGGGCUCAGCCAACAACCUGACUUUGGACUGUUUCACUGCUAAGCUUAGUGGCCUGAAGGUGGCUGUGGAGACAGCCAAUUUGAUUUUGGAUCUUUCACAUGUCAUUGAAGAUAAAAACUGAUAUAAGAAAAUAGUGUGUUUAUAUUUUUAAAAAAACUAGUCAGGUGUUAAUUAAGAAUAAUAUUGAGUAUAUUUGUUCUCUCCCAAAGGUCUGUUCUUUAUUUUUGGAUAGAUAGCUCACAAAGUUAUAGAUUUGCUAUAUAAGGAAAAAGUGUUCUUGAAUAGAAAUACCAUAGAAUAAUAAAAAUGUGAAGCAUUAUUAAAGACAUUGCUAUUAUCUUUGGGAUUUUACAGAUAACAAUGUAUGUUGCUCUAAAUUUUUGUUGUUAUUUUGACAUUAUUCUAAGAACAUGAAGAAAUUUAAAAAAUUUCUAAUCU